CAUGUGACCGCAGGUUACCACACUCUUUCGUCACGCCGGCUGGGAAAAUGGCGUGGCGCACGUUGUGCAGGGCUGCCCUGCGGUCACCGACCGACCUGGGGGUCGGUAACGUGAAGGGCUUUGGCACCGCCGGCACAUUAUGGCGCCGAGCCACCCCUCUGGGACCCAUGCCCAACGACGACAUCGACCUGAGUGACCCAGAAGCUCGCAAAAGAUACGACAGCUUCACGCGCUACCUGAGGGUCGCCGAAGAGGCAAAGAACAAGAAAUGCUGGUGGAGAACUUACAGACAACAUCUGAAAGAGGAAAACCCUGACGAAGACGCCCCACUGGUGAACAUCGGACUGGCCUCCCAUCGUCUGUCCCGUAAAGAACAGGUGAAGGAGAGAAAUCGGGUGAUGAGGGAGAAUCGACAUAACCCAGAGCUGGAGAAGGCCUCACGCCUGCUCACAUUCACCAUCCCACUCGAUCGCGUGAAAGCGGAAUGGGAGCGCACCGCUGGUCCCUAUCAUCUGCACAACGUCGCAAGGCACUACGGCGUCUACCGCGACCUGUUCCCUGGGGCGUACUUUCUGCCGCGAGUCAUGCUGCGCAUUGCUUAUGGAAAUAGCCCCGGCACACACGUGUAUCAUGGGAAUCAUGUGACGCCCACAGAGGCACUGGCUGCUCCUAACGUGAACUACGAGACGGAUCCGGAUGCACUGUGGACUCUGCUCCUCACCAGCCCAGAUGAGCAUUUGCAGGAUAACGAAGGGGAGUACGUGCAUUGGCUCCUGGGGAACAUUCCGGGCAAUGCAGUUCAUUUGGGAGAGGAGCUGUGCCAGUACCUGCCCCCAUUCCCCGUUAAGGGCACUGGCUUCCACAGAUUCAUUUUUAUCCUGUUCAAGCAGGACGGCCCCAUCAAAUUCCAAGGGGAUUGCAGACCCUCACCAUGCCAUAAUUUGAAUCAGCGAACCUUCAAGACGCUGGAGUUUUACAGGGCGCAUCAGGACAGCAUGACUCCUGCUGGUCUGGCCUUUUUCCAGUCGCAGUGGGAUGACUCUGUCAGCCAAACCUUCCAUGGCCUUCUGAACAUGAAAGAGCCCGUGUUUGAGUUUCUGCGGCCCCCUGCGUACCAUCCGCCUCAGAAGCUGUAUCCACAUCGUCAGCCCUUGCGAUACCUGGACAGAUACCGCGAGGGGCACGAACCCACUUACGGCAUUUACUGAUCCGAUCAGUGACAAGGCUCGUCUUCUGUGCUGCAUUUACAUAUACUGUGUAAUUAUUUGCAAUAAAUACAGUUGAUUACUAACCAAA